AAAAUACUAUGCCGUGAUAUGCAUGAGAGUAAAAAUAGGGAUAUCCCCUAGACGAGAAAGCAAAGCAGUUGCAGCAGUGAGCUUUUUCAACAGGAGGCGUUACGUUUCUUCUCGUAGUCAAGUGUUGUUUCCUGCUCUGACGCUGCUCUGGUCUCCUAAUGAAACUAAAUCAACGAUGGCAAGGCCGCUUACUUCCAAUGGAGUUGUAGAAUAUAUCCAACCCUCGAAUUAGAGCACGAAAUCAGUUGGUAGUAGGGUGUCAAAACAACAUAUGUCGGCAUGUCGCUGAGCUCAGGCGGGUGGACUCACACACCUCCGCCGGCCCAGCCAUCAUCGUCUCAUCUCGGCCAUGAGGCCUCGCAGUCGGGCUGUAACACCGUUUUGAUGUCGGUGAAGGUGUCGGUAUGCCACUCUGGUAUACGACCGCUUUGUCUCCCGGGCGCCGGAGACGAAUCUCUCCGUCUUCAGCUGAGCAUGGACCCGGGGAAGGCAGGGGAAUUCCGCCUCGCGUUACGGGACAUCAGCGGAGCAGCUGCUGGACGCAGUGUGUCCAUUGCUGAGUUUGACCUCAAGACUGUUCGCUAUGAAGUCAAGUCACCACAGUGCCAUGAACUGAGUUUGGCUACACCCCCACAUGAUAAGAUCACGUUCAACUUCCGCUGUGAGCAGGAAGCACAGGAGUGGGCCACUGUGGUGAUGUCAUCGCUCCGUGAGGCUCAUAGAGUGGCCAUCAGCUCCCCACCUGAGGAUGAACAGCAGCUUCCUCAACCUUCAAAUUCACAGAGCACCACACCAAUGCCACAUACAGAGGACAUAUGUGCAGAGCUGGUUAGCGCUAUAGAGGCAGGUGAUGUUCGGGGGGCAUCCAUUUGUGCGUCUUCCUUGGCUAAACAGAAAGCUGCUCUGUGCAUUAAGCCCUCUAAACAAAAUUACACAGACAUUGAAAUCAGCCUGGCUGUGGUGGUAGAGGACGCUUCCUCCUCUUGUUGUGUCACAGUAAACGUCUUCCCUCACUCUACCAUUGGUGCUCUCAAACAGCAAGUCUUCACAGACUAUGGUUUUCAUCCGCGUGUGCAGCGCUGGGUCAUCGGUCAGUCCUUGUGCUCUGAUCAGAGAUCUCUGGCGUCUUACGGAGUUCAGCGAGAUGGCGACACUGCGUUCCUUUAUCUUAUUUCUGCCCGUCAGGCCCGUCUCAAUCAGGCACUGUAUCAACAAGAUCAAGAAAGUGCUUUACUCGUGCCAUCAUCUAAUCAGCCCCGUCAAGAAUCAGCUGCCAAUGGGCCAGCGGCUCUGAACGCAGCAUCGCGACCAUACAGCACCCUGCCUACAAGACUGCACAACAACCAUAAUAGUCUGAGCAACAGUGCUAGUGGGACAGAGAGGUUGGGUUUGGGUGAAAUCCGUGACCUGAUCAACCUUGAGAUGCCCCAGCUGAAUGAAGCAAUGGUGCCCAACAGAACAAAUACACAGGGAUGGGCCUGCCCGACCUGUACAUAUAUUAAUAAGCCAACCCGGCCAGGCUGUGAAAUGUGUAGCGCUGACAGACCUGAAGGGUACACUGUUCCCGGGAACUACAGACCAGAUGCUUUGGAGCUACGACGCAUUCAGCAAGAAAAAGAAGCAAUCAGACAGUACCAACAGGCCAGAGAAGCAGAGCGCAGGGAGAACUUUGCACGUCUGGUGCAGAUUGAUGGACAGGAUCUGGUUCCUAAUCCAGAGAGAGUGGAGUGCAGGAUCUGCUACGUCGAGCUUGAAUCUGGGGAGGGAGUCCUGCUCCGAGAGUGUCUCCACUGUUUCUGCAAAGAGUGUCUGCGCUCUGUCAUUCUGAUGUCUGAGGAUCCUCAGGUGGCUUGUCCAUACAGAGACGAGGCCUACGCCUGUGACUGCAUCCUGCAGGAGAGAGAAAUCAGAGCUCUGGUGUCAGUAGAAGAUUAUGAGCGCUGGCUGCAAAGGGGUCUGUCUGUCGCAGAGUCACGAUGCGAGGGCAGUUAUCACUGUGCAACUGCUGACUGUCCAGGCUGGUGCGUUUAUGAAGAUACUGUCAAUACUUUCCACUGCCCAGUCUGCAAAAAACACAACUGCCUGCUCUGCAAGGCCAUUCAUGAAGGGAUGAACUGUAAGCAGUACCAGGACGACAUAGCAGCCCGUGCCAUCAAUGACUCUGCAGCUCGAAGAACCAGAGACCUACUGAAGACUCUUGUGAACUCUGGAGAGGCGAUGCAUUGUCCCCAGUGUGGCAUCAUUGUGCAGAAGAAGGAGGGCUGUGAUUGGCUGCGCUGUACUGUCUGCCACACUGAGAUCUGCUGGGUCACCAGAGGACCACGCUGGGGGCCUAAAGGUCCUGGAGACACAAGUGGAGGCUGCCGCUGCAAUGUUAACAAACAGAGAUGCCACCCAAAAUGCCAGAAUUGUCACUAAGACAGAGCAAGACAGGGAGGAAGAAGAAAAUGUAAGUGUGAAAAAAAAAGUGAGAAUGACAAAGAAUAGCCAUGUCUUAUAGCAUUUAUGACAUCCACCAAGUCAUAUUUCCACCUGUCUGAACUUACAGUUGAGUUACACUCAUAGGGAAGGUAAGCACAACUUUAAUGCAUUCUAAGAAUUCUGAACAUGUGUAGAUCUGUUCAAAAACAAAUGUUGUAUACGAGUCUUUGUCAUGAGGUCAUUAUGUAGGCAAGGGGAAAUCCAGCUGAAGAGUAAGAAUGGACCCCUCUUACUGGACAACUACGUCAGUCCAGUAAUCAUACUAAUAAAUAAACUAUAAAACAUUUUUGGCUGCCUUACGUUGUUAAGUACAAUCAAAUCAAAUUGUAAUUUCAACUUAUUUUAACUUUUGGCAAGUGGUUGAAUUAUAAAAUACUAGUUAAAAUUGCUUAACUUAUUUUAACGAGUUAAAGCAAUGUAAAGAAAUAACUUGUAAAGCCAAUUUGACUGUACUUAGGAAAACUUAAGGGAGCAAAACAUGUUUUACAGUGUUGCCUUCAAUUGCAAUAAUUUUAAUGGUCACAGAAAUGCUUUAAAAUCACCGUUUACGCAGCUGGUACAAAGUACUUUUAUUUAGGAUCAGCUGCAAAAAAUAAUUUAUUUUAAGUGUUACAACUUUACGACUAUUCUAUUCAGAGUUGUUUAAGGUAGGAUCUCUACUUGGAUGGUGCGAAUGAAUCAUUUUUGGAAAUGUUUUUUUUAUGAAUUGUCAACCAGACUAUGAAGCAUUGGUAAAUGACUAGGCUGUAUGGGUUUAGUCUUUCAAACUGUGAGGUCGUGACAUUUCAGAACCAUAAGCAACAUUGGUACAAACAGCAGUAUUCAAUAAAAAACAUUUUACUACAAAAAAAGUACAGUACCAUAUCUUAGUAGUGCUGACUCGGAAACUUAACCUAAACAAGCCGAGUCACCAUAACCAGAAUGAUCCCAGGAGGACAUAAAUAAAGCUCUGAUAGAUUAAAAAAGGGAAUCGUAACAAUACUGAUGUAUUAGACUUGACUCACUCUUAAAAGCUUUAUUACACUGUUACUGUAAAAGUGCCUUUUCUUGCCUGUUGUGAGUUUACCACUAAUAUUAGCAUUAGUGGAGUGUUAUAUUUUUAUUUUAUAUAUGUAGCUGUUGUUGUAGAUGUAUGAUCCUAAAUAACAGUAUGUGUGCAGUGUUUUCCCUCAACCUUUCCUAAGAAUCACAAGACAUUGUAUUUUGUGCAUUUGGCACAAUUUUUUACUAAGUAAAUUAACACAAACAGUAAAUGCUUUAAAAUGUGACAUGUUUUGUUAGUUGGAUGAGUUAAUAUGCAGCCUAGGGAUUUAGUAUUGUGAAUCAAUGCUACAAUGUAAUGUAAUGCUAAUUUAAUGGUCAGGGACCUGAGGUUUGUGUGUUCUGAAGCCACACCAACAUAUUAAUUUCCAAAGGUUUAAAUCUAUGCACUGUUAUAAAAUAUCAUUGCCCAAAGAAUUUACUUAUGCCAUCAAGGUAGAAAUACUUUACAUUUUCACAGAGUCACUAUUUAUAUUUAUAUUACACAAAAUGUACUAUGUAAGAUUAUAUUUGUGUAAAGCCGUGUAAUUUUACUAAUGUAUUUGUGGAACCUUUUGUGUGGAUGAAUGCAUUGACAUCAGGUGUAAAUUGCACAGGUCUUCAUUGGAGGGCUACUUCAACCUUUAGAAUGAUAAUACAGUGUACCCUCACUAUAAUUAAAAUAUAUGCACUAUAAAGGUCACUAAGUAGAGUACCUGCAUGUAUUGUACCAUUAAAAGAAGUGAAUAAAUACAGUUGUAAAGGUCCCUGCACCUGCAGAAAUCUUACUAGAAUAAUCUGACCUCAGGGUUGCAAGUCUUAAAUGUGCCUUACAGAUGACAGUACUGAGUACCUUUGUUAAAAUAUUUAAAACAGUUAAAAUAUUCUUUGCAUUAAAGAUGUGUACUAAUUUAACACGGCUCAUGGUGUUCUUAAAAAAAUACAAUUAUUUUGUUCUAUAUUUUGGAACGUUUUUCGCAUGAAAUGCAUUUUUUCUACAACACUAUAAAUCUGAUAAAAUGUGUUUAUGAAAAGCACUGUGUUACUUCAAUGUAAAAAGUUUUGCUGGUCUGCAAAGUUUUUCUUUACAAGAUAUUCUAUAUAACUUUCAUGUGAAAGCUAUAUAGUGAAACAGAAACCACAGGUGUCCACAAGUAGUGGUGGCGAGAUGAAGCCUCAUGAAGCUUUGAAGCUUUUUAGCCAAGUGGUUCACAAAAGGGUUCAUUUCUCGAGGCUUCAUUUGCUCACAAUACCAUCUGGUGGCCAAAGAGGGUAAAACAAGCAGAUACAUCACAGAUGUGCCCGAUGUGGUCUGUGAUGCACUGUAUUUUGCGCCAGUUAAGGCUAAGAAAUUUCCACAUAGACUAAUCUAAUAUGAAUAUAAUGUGUAUUUUCUGGUGGUAUAUAAUAUAAUUAUUGUAUAACAUAACUGUGUAAUUAACGUAUUGGCUUGAAAUAAAUGUGUGUAAAUCAAUUAUUUGGUCAUAAUAGGCAGAAGGGGCAAUAUUAUUAUUCUAAAACUGGAAAGUGUCUAGUUUCACUGGGCAGAGGGCAGUGAAUGUGCUUGUGGUGCUUGGUUUAUAUAGCUGUCAAAAUGUAAAAAAAAAAAAACAUUAUUAACUGAACAUUAGAAAUUUUACAAACAAAAGUGGCCUGGCACAAAAGAGCAAAUGUCGAAAUAGACAUCAGACAAGCAUUACAAAACAAAAUAAAAAUUAUCAUAUACCUUUGUAAAAACUGCAGUUAUUAACAGAAUAAUCCCCUUACUGAACCACUCA